CUUUACACAUACGCAUCAUCAAUGAGACAAUGACAACGCUACGUCACCACUAUGUUCCAGUUCAACAUUUCUUUUCUGAAAAUUUUCAUAACUGUAAACCUCGAUUGAAAACAUUUCACGACAGAAAAUGAUCAAAGGAAUUUCGCGAAUCUCUUACAUCUUCUCCCACGAAUUCGUUCGUCAUUAUCCUAAUUUUCGACUCAGUUCGAUCCGCUUCUACUCUAAACAUCCUGGACCACUGAUACAAUUCCAAAAUUUGGUUGAGCAAGGAAAGCUAAAGCAUGAUCCAUAUCAAGAAAGAGUCGCUUGUGAGUUGCAAAAUCUCCUAGGGAGGUUGAAGAAGUAUGAGAAGGAUAUGGAAGAAUAUCAUGAAAAUUUAGAAAGAUGGGAGAAGAAAAGGGAGGAAGAGCACCGUCAGAUUUUAAUGGAGGAAGCGCAGCAUCGGCAACAGAGGGAUGCAUGGUCAGGAACUAAAAGGAAGCGAAAUAAAUUGGUUCAGAGUUUGGUAAUUCGGGGGAUAUCUCAGGAUGUAGAAUCAGGAGUGGGGAAGUGGGUUUCAUACCUUAACCGGGAGAAGAAGUUAGAUUCUUUAUGUGGUCCACGCCCAGUACCUCCAGUGGCUCCAAAAGGAUUGUAUUUGUAUGGAAAUGUUGGAAGUGGGAAAACUAUGCUUAUGGACAUGUUUUAUAGUGCAACAGAAGGAGUUGUCAAGCAUCGAAGAAGGUUGCACUUUCAUGAGGCUAUGUUAGAAAUUCAUGAACACAUGCAUAAAUUAUGGAAGCAUCAAAUAGAAGAAAAAACUUUACAGUCAAGUAUAUCUAGUUGGAUCAUGAAUCUUCCCUUCGAUAGCAAAGUUAAAGAAUGGUUGACUGCAGAAGAGCAAUAUAAGCAAGAAAUGCAAAUGAAAAACAUUCUUCCUGCUGUGGCAGAUAAUUUUCUAGUAGGUCAGCAAAUGGGUGAAAGAGGGGCUAGCAUUCUUUGCUUUGAUGAGAUACAGGCUGUUGAUGUAUUUGCUAUUGUGGCCCUAUCUGGAAUUGUUAGCAGAUUGUUGAGCACUGGUACUGUACUUAUAGCCACCAGUAAUAGAGCUCCCAGAGACUUAAACCAGGAUGGGAUGCAGAAAGAGAUCUUCCUAAAAUUGGUGGAGAAGCUGGAAGAGCAUUGCCAGAAUGUUUUGAUCGGAAGUGAGAUUGAUUAUCGUCGACUUAUAUCCCAGAGCUCCAUAAAUCAGGUUCACUACUUUUAUCCUUUAGAUAGCAACACAUUGCAAGAAUUUGAAAAAAUGUGGCAUGAGGUCACCAACCAACAUGGAGGGCUAGUGACAAAUAAAACUAUUCCAGUGAUGUUUGGAAGGACUUUAGAUGUUUUACAAAGCUGCAAUGGGGUUGCACGAUUUUCCUUUGAGUAUCUUUGUGGUCGAGCGGUUGGGGCAGCAGACUACAUUGCAAUUGCCAACAAUUACCACACUGUCUUUAUAUCUGACAUCCCAGUGAUGAGCAUGCGAAUCAGGGACAAGGCACGGAGAUUUAUCACUCUCAUUGAUGAGUUAUACAACCGUCAUUGUCGCCUAUUUUGUUCUGCUGCGUGUUCUGUUGAUGAUCUCUUCCAAGGAACCGAAGAAGGCACUCUUUUUGAUUUGGAAAGUUUUCAAUUCGAAACAGAGAUGGAAGGUGCAAAGCUCCGUAGGGAUGUCUUAGCAGAAGGCAGUACAGGUUCUGGUGGUUCUCCAAGCGGAAUCAUAUCAUUAUUAUCAGGACAAGAAGAAAUGUUUGCAUUUCGUCGAGCUGUAUCCCGCUUGAUAGAAAUGCAGACGCCUGUGUACUUAGAAGGUGUUCGUAACUUGCAUCCUUACUUCCAAAGACAAGCAACUGAGCUUGAGAAUAAACAUAGAAGUAACUCGCACUCUCAAACAUUUUUCUGACCAUUGUAAUUGUACUAUCUGAUUGUUAUUCAACUUGGGUCGGUCAUAGAUGCCUCCCUUAGAUUAUACUUUUUGUAUAAGAUUAUUUAUAAAAAUUGUAAUUGUACGAAAAUAGAAUGCAGAAUAAAAUAGAGAUGAUAAUAAAAUAAAGAUAUUAUUUUAGAA